UCCGACGUUGAGCUGCUGAGCGGAAGCGGAAGUCGUCAUCGCUCAACAAACAUCAACUGUCUGUUUCAGUGAGUUUCUGUUUUAAAGAGUUAAAACAGUUAAAACACGAAAAUAAAAGAAACAAAUCGACGACAGAAAACCCGCCAAAACGUCCACGAUGGCGCAGGAAAACAUCUUCUUCUUCGUUCCCAAUCUGAUCGGUUACGCCCGUAUCGUGUUGGCCCUGCUGUCCUUCUACCUGAUGCCCAGCUGUCCGUGGCCCGCCAUCUUCUGCUACCUGCUCAGCGCUCUGCUGGACGCCUUCGACGGCCACGCCGCCCGGGCGCUCAAUCAGUCCACUAAGUUCGGAGCCAUGAUGGACAUGCUGACGGACCGCUGUGCCACCAUGUGUCUGCUGGUCAACCUGUCCCUGCUCUACCCGUCCUACACCAUCCUGUUCCAGGUCAGCAUGUGUGUGGACAUCGCCAGCCACUGGCUGCACCUGCACAGCUCAACAAUAAAAGGAUCGACCAGCCACAAAACCAUCGACCUAUCCGGCAACCCCGUCCUCCGAAUCUACUACACGUCCAAGCCUGUGCUAUUUGUGAUGUGCGCCGGGAACGAGCUCUUCUUCUGUCUCCUCUACCUCCUCCAUCACAUCCAGGAACCUGCAGCGUGGCUCUACUGGCUGCAGGGACUCUGCGGGACGAUCUGCCUGCUGAAGACCGGCAUCAGCCUCGUGCACCUCAUCACCGCCUCCCAGAACAUGGCCGCCCUCGACGCCGCUGAGCGAGAGCAGCAUGUGAAGACGCAGUGAGAGAGAGAAGUGAGUGAAUGAGUGAGUGAGAGCUUCAGCAACAAAUCCACCACGGCUUUUAUUUAUUUUUUGUAUUAUUAUUUUAAGGGUGUUAACGGUAGACUUUGUGCGCUUGAAUAAGACGUGAAACACGACACUUGAGUUUAUCAGACGACUUCAGAAAGACAGAAAGAUUUAUGACCAAACGUCUCAAGAUUAGACGUGAAUCUGAACGAGCUGCUGGAUUAUUUAUUUACCACAGACGAGACACAAGUUCAGCAGUUACAGCUGAUUCCCCUGUGCUCUGAUGUAUUUCACACUCGGGUGAUAUGAUAGUAAAUACAGUGAGAAUUAUAUAGCACAACAUAAACUGAGACCACGAUAUGAACAGUCGGUAUGAGUUUGUCCUCUCGUGUAUUAUCACGUUUCAGUCACAGAUUUGGUUCACGUCCACGUGGGUGACGCAACAGAAUUGUUUUAUUUCUCCUUAUUUAUUUAUAUAUAUAUAUACAUAUAUAUAUAUAUAUGUAUAUAUAUUUUUUUUCCCCCAUAUUUUUCUCAGAAUUUUCAGACAUUUUUUAAAUUUUUUUUAAAUUUUUCCCCUUAUAUUUUCCCAUAUUUUACUAAGAAUUUUCAGACAUUUUUCAGAUAUUUUUUGGACAUUUUCAACAUAUUUAAUUUAUUUUUUAGAAUUUUAUACUACAACAACUAUUCAUUAUGAGCAAAAUACCAAUAAUAAUAUAAUAAUAAAAAGUAACUAAAAACUGAGAAGUGUUGAAAGGUCUGUAUAUAGCCUCCAGAAUAAUAUCAAUAUUUUUAAUAAAUGUCCGAUGUUCUUUAACUCUGUGACUGGAACGUAACCAUGAUACACAAGAAGCACAAAUUCUAAACGUUGUGACUGUUACACAACUUCAUUUAUCUGAACUUGUUGUUUUCAUGAUCUUGUCUUUAAAUGAUCUUCUUAAAGUCUAAUAAACAUCCAGUUGUUUAUCAGUCAAAGACUUUAAAUAGUUAAAUAAAUAAAUCUGUAGAGGCCAGAAACAGGAAGUGAACAACAACAAACAUGUUAAUGAGUUCAGUUUUACUCGUCUGAAGAUAAAAUACAUGAAAAAGACAAUCAGACAAACACGACUAUCAAAUGUAUUUAUUUCAAGUAUUCUGCAAAUGUUGUUAAAACUAAAUUAAAUAUGUUGUGAGAUCAACAGAAGCUGAAAAUGAUUACUGAUAAAUAUUUUAAAUAUUGGAAACCAGAACAUCCAGUAUGAUAAAAACCACAGUGUGCUUUACAUUUAAGAGAGAAGACAUGACGCGUAUUUACAGCAGGAGUCACCCUUUAUGGCUUUAUUAAUGCUGAAUAAAUAUUCCAAUAAUGCUUUAUAGGUCCGUUUUUAACCACUCAUUCAAAACAUCUGGAUUGCUAGUUUGUGAAAAAUCCCAUCUGCGUGUUAGAAAUGUUUCUGUUUAUUUUAAAGCCAAAAAACUCAGCGGUUCUUUCUCAAAUAUGAAUAUUUAACCCUCCAGUUUGUCUUCUAUGAUAUUAAAUUUAAUAUGAGAGUUUCUUUUGUUAUUUUCUGAAGUUUUAUGGACCAAAUUAAUAAACGAUUAAGCGAGAUAAUAAUCGCUAAAUGCAGCUCUAAAGUCAUUAAUAACCAGAUUUUGGUCCGGGCUCUAUAUGACGAGGGAAAUAAAGACGUGUGCAAAAGAUUUUAAAAGAGCAGCAUUAAAGCCAUUUGUUUGACUGAUAAACACUUAAUAAUAAAGGGUGUAUUAUUAGAAAGUGGUGUCUGAACUGCUGCCGUUGCUUCAGUCGACAUUUAAAACAAAUUGUUGGUAACUUCGUGGAGAAAACGGCGGCUCUAUAAUUGCUGUUCUUAUUAAUCUCUGGAGAUUCCUGCCAAUAUUUCCGUGUUGAUUUAAAUGGUGAUUGUUGCACUAGAGGGAAGUCGGUCACUUUGUGCUUAUUGGACAUUUAUAAUGUUUGUUUUUCUUCGUGGUAGACGAGCCGUGUUUCCUUGUGACUUAGAAACAAAUAGAGAGAGCACCAAGUAUUAUGGUUUGUACGUUUUGAAGUCACUGACCGCGUGUAUGUGCUGCCCGAGUCCUGCUGUAAAGCCGUGUGUCGAUGCAGAAUGUGUGUUUAAAUGUGUUGAAUUAUAAAUGUGUUUUUGAUGGAAGUCAUUUCCCAGAAUGUAUUGUAAUAAAAUAGGAAAAUACAAAUGUAUAUGAUUACAGCAAAGCCAAGUUUAAUAUUAUAUUUAAAGAUUUAAAAGUGUAGUAUUUACAAUAUUUGAUGGUAAUUAUGUUUGGAGUGCCGGUGGUUUGAUUUACGUUAAAAAUAAAGACACUGAAUACCAGA